AUGGCAGUUCCUCGACAGAUGCAAACCCCGCCCAAGCCGGGCCUGGUAGACGGCACUCGGCAGGCCUCGACUUUCGGAGUGGGUAUCAGUUUCAUGGUCUUCAUAUCUAUCGUCAUGCUGCUGCGAGUGUGGGUGCGUGUGGUGGUGCUCCGCGCCCUGGGAACCGACGAUGUUUUAAUGAUCAUUGGAACGCUUCUCACCUUCGGGUUGACAAUCGCGACGAUGGUUGGUGCAUAUUAUGGUCUUGGUCGACACAUGAACGAUAUCCCCCCCGAGGGCAUGAUACCCAUGAUGAAAGCCAUCUACGCCACCCGUCUUCUCUAUAUCAUCGGCAUGGGAUUCGUCAAAAUGUCCCUGCUCUGGUUCUACCUCCGACUGGACCACCGCAAGUUGAUGAAAUGGGCGGUAUACUUCUCGAUGUUCUUCACCAUCGGGCUCACGGUUUCCAGCAUAUUCGUGACGGUGCUGUCGUGCAUCCCGCCGUCCAAGUUCUGGGACCCCACAGGGAAGAAGCCCGGGCAUUGCAUCAGCUCCGAGCAGCAGCAGAUCUUCUACGAAGCCAACGGAGCCCUCAACAUCGUCUCUGAUAUUCUCAUCUUUCUCACCCCCAUUCCGAUGCUGUGGGGCAUCCAACUCUCCACGCGGAAGAAGGGUGCUUUAUUCGGUGUUUUCGGCCUGGGUAUUCUGUCAAUCGCUGCCAGCUGCGUGCGAUAUGAUUUCGUGAAGCGGCUCGCGGCCACCAAAGACCAGUACUACCAGCUGGCGGACUCGCUGAACUGGUGCGAGGUAGAGGUCUUCGUCGCAAUCUUCUGCGGAUCUGCGCCGGCGCUCUCUGUCGCGAUGAAACACUUCUUUGGGCGGGUGUGGGGAUCCACCCAUAAUUAUGGAAGCAACAUGCAGACACCCGGACAGAGCUACGGGAACCGGCUAAGCACGCUGAAUAAGAACGGCCGGCACCAGCGACUCGACGAGUCCGGGCGGUUUGGAAGUGAGGAUGGCAUUGUGAUGAAGACAGACAUCCGCAUGGAGGUGAGCGAUCGCGAUCUAGAAGAUGAUCGGGCGCAUGGGGCGGGGUUCGCUAAAUAUGGCCAUGGAGGAGGGGUCUAA